GGGAGGGAUAGGACGCGUUUCUCCUUCCCUCCUCCUCCUCCUCCACCUCCUCUUCCUCCUCCUCCUCUUCCUCCUCCUCCUCCUCUUCCUCCAGCGCCGCACACCUGCAUCAUGGAGUCCAGACUUCCCGAGGUCACCUUCGCCGAUCUCUGGUGCGAGUGUGACGGCAACAGCAGCUCGGUUCCUCGCAGCGUGCUCCUUCGCGAACAGAUGCUGCAGCUCCACUCGCAGGCUCGCACGCACGCCCUCUGCUACGUGGGCGUCGUGUUGGCCGUGUACCUACUGGGGCUGGUGGUCAUCGUGCGGAAGUCUGGCCAAGCGGAGCGAAGCAAUGUUGUGGCUGCCCUCUCAUGUUGUUGUGUGAAGGCCGCCAAUUGCUUCUCUCGUUGUGGGAAUAAGUUGAAAGAAGGACAGGACUUAGAGGAGACUGAUUCAGCUGUUACUACCACCACUGCUACUGCUACUACAGCUACUACAACGGGUUCUGCUUCUGCCAAGUCAGAUGUCUCUCCUAAAGUGAAGUUACAGCAAAGGAAGUGUGUGGUUGGUGGUAGUGGUAGUAGUGGUUGCUCUGUGGUUGUUACUCUGAAAGGUUCGCGUGUGGCAGCAUCUACUACUCCUACUUGUGGUGGUGGUGGUGGGGGGGGUGCCUAUAAUGGUAGUUUGAAAAGGGUUUGUACUGGUGGUGAUGUUACUACUACUACUAUUACUACUACAGCUACUACUACUACUACUACUCCUACUACUACUACAGCUACUACUACUACGCCUACUGCUGCUACUUCUACUACUACUACUACAUCGAUCCCUCAUUCACCUAUUACUACUGCUACCACUACUACUACUAUUACUACUGCUACUUCUACUACUACUACUCCUACUACUACUACUACUACUGCUGCUACUACUUCGAUCACAUUUACUACGAAUUCUGAUAAAACGAAAACGGAAGAACUAGAUUUCGUUAUAUCGUCAAGUUAUCCUCCCACUCCUUCUCUAUCUCCUCUUCCUCCCCUUCCUCCUCCUUCCUUACCUCCUCCUCCUCCUCCUCCUCCUCCUCCUCCUCCUGGAUCUCGUGGGGGUCCUCUUGUGUCCUUCCUCCUCUUCCUCUUCACGCGUCGCCCUCCACCGCCAUCACGGCCCAAUGUCAAGGAGUGGUGAGGUCAUUUUAGGUCAUCUUAGGUCAUUUGAGGUCAUUUGAAUGCAAGGAGGUUUGGCUUUUUAUUAUAAUUGGGCGUUUGAGUGUGACCUGAUUUUGACCUGAGUGUGAGUUAGGUGAUUAUUAUUAUUAUUAUUAUUAUUAUUAUUAUUAUUAUUAUUAUUAUAGUCACGCUGUGCUUUAGGAUUACACAUAUAUACGUAAUAAAACACACACACACACACACACACACACACACACACACACACACACACACACACACAC